GGUUUAAAUAUUCACAAUUGGGCGUAACUGUGUUUGUUGUUGUUUUUGGGGCCGAAGUUGCUUAACUAGCUAUAGUCGACAUUUUGAAACAGAUUUAACUUUUUGUCGUGUUCUCUGUAUGAUAGCAUUGUUUAAGUAAAUAGUAGGUGGAAACAUCGGUGUGGAAUUUUCGCUUUAAUUUGUUUAUAUUCCGGUUUUCCAAAGAUGGGCAGUCAGUAUCAGCGCUCUGUACCACUGGAAGUGAGGAGGGCGGAGGGUGAGAGGGUGCGAGCCAAGCAUCCCGACAAGAUACCGAUCAUCGUGGAGAGGGCUGCCAGGUCGAGAGCACCUGACCUAGACAAGAAGAAGUACUUAGUGCCUUCUGACCUCACAGUGGGUCAGCUUUGUUUCCUGAUCCGACAGCGUGUGUCUAUGAGACCUGAAGAGGCACUCUUCUUUUUUGUCAAUAACUCCCUCCCACCAUCCAGUUCUCCUCUGUCUGCUGUCUAUGAGGAACACCAUGAAGAGGACCUUUUCCUGUACAUGACCUACAGUAACGAGAGUGUUUACGGUGCCUGAGACAAGACAAAAAGGAGGACCGAAAGAAAGAGAGGAUUGGAAAGAGCUCUGUCUAUUGUUUCACCACUUAUUCUAUAUGAUUAGUAUUGAGGACAUGGUUGUUGGGAGAAAAGAGGGUUAAGGGGAUAUUGUUCUCUAAGAAUUUUGGAGGCGAUCGUAUUUUUCUUCAGUUUACCGUCAACCAUGAGGUAUUGUAAGGCAUUCUGAGUUUAUAAAAGAAGCCUGACAUUAGAAAGAGGUUGAAGAUGUGAAUGAAAAUUGUUGAAUAAAAAAGGGGAAAUGCCUCUUGAUUUUCAUCUGUCAGACACCUGUAUUUAAUAGUAGGUUUUGUAAAUAUCAUGGACAUUUUGUGGAAAAUAAAAUUAAAAAUGCAUUG